AUGGGGGGCAGCCUGACCCCUUUUCCCCCCCCAGAGCCCCUGUACCAGACCUACCGGCAGGCCGUCAUCCGCAAGGAGAUCCAGCGCCAGACCCUGCCCCGUAGCGCCAGCCCGAGCAGCUGGGACGGCGCCCCGGCGCCCCCCCCGGCGCCCCCCCCGGGCCCCCCCGGCGCCCCCCGCAGCACCCUCUGGCAGGACCUGCCGGCCGUGCGGGAGAGCGGCCUCCUCCGGCACAUCAGCCCCCAGGAGCGCAAGAUGCAGGAGAGCCUGUUCGAGGUGCUGACGUCGGAGGCCUCGUACCAGCGCUCGCUGCGGCUGCUGGCCGAGCACUUCGUGGGCUCGCGGGAGCUGGGCGAGACGCUGGGGCCCCGCGAGCGCCAGGCCCUCUUCUCCAGCGUCCUGCGGGUCAAGGAGAUCAGCGCCAGGUUCCUGGCGGCGCUGGAGGGGCGCGUGGCCGAGAGCCUGCAGAUCCGCGACCUGAGCGACGUGGUGGCCGCCCACGCCCGGCGCGACUUCCCCGCCUACGUGGACUACGUCCGCAACCAGCCCUACCAGGAGAAGGAGUACAGGGCCCUCAUGGAGCGAAACGGGCCCUUCGGGGCGGCGCUGGGCCGGCUGCAGGAGCACCCCCUGUGCCAGGGCCUGCCCCUCCUCUCCUUCCUGCUGCUGCCCUUCCAGCGCAUCACCCGCCUCAAGAUGCUCCUGGAGAACAUCCUGCACCGGGCGGAGGAGGGCUCGGAGCGGGAGCGAAACGCGCUGGACGCACUGGCCUGCGUCUCCCAGAUCAUUGAGGAGUGCAACUCGGAGGUGGGGCGCAUGCGGCAGAUGGAGGAGCUCAUCGAGAUCGCCGGGCGCAUCGACUUCGACCGGCUCAAGGCGGUGCCCAUCGUCUCGCAGGGCCGGCGGCUGGAGAAGCAGGGGGGCCUGGCCGAGGUGCUGCCCCGGGGGUCCCUGUUCGGCUCCAAGCCCCGGACGGUGCCGAUCCACCUCCUCCUCUUCAGCGACCUGCUGCUGCUCACCCGGCGCAGGAGCAUGGGGCGCUUCGUGGUGCGGGACUACGGGCACCGCUCGCUGGUCUCGGUGCAGGGGGUGGGGCAGCCCCCCCCGGCGCCCGGCCUGGGCCAGGCCUUUUACCUCACCCUGCUGGAGAACCACCGGGGCCAAGCCUGCGAGCGUCUCUGCCGGGCCCCCAGCCAGUCGGACAUGCACCGAUGGAUGGAGGCCUUCCCCCAGCACGGCGCCCCCCCCAGCCUGCCCCAGGAGAUCAUCUACGAGGACUGGGGCCUGGCCUUCGACUCCUGGGACCUGGAUUUCUACACUGAGCUCUUCAAGAAAUUCGGGCACAACCCGACCAGCGUGGAGUGCUUCGACCUGGCCCAGUCCAACAGGGCACCUCCUGGCAGAUGUGGAAGAGGUCCUGGGAUCACUGUUCGAGUCCAUCAUGCAGACCCAGGAGAGCAGCAGCCCCAACGUCGUCAUGUUCUCGGACAACAGCAGAGGUGGCCCUGUUCAGCGGUGCGAAGACUGGGGCGGGCGGAUCCAGGACAUGCAGCGCACGGGGCCCAUGCCAUCGCCGGCACGGCCGGGUGCAGCUUCGGAAACCUGCACAUCCCUGAUCCCCGCCAUGGCGGUGCUGCAUUUCUACCAGCGCCCCGGGGCGGAGGGUGUCCCUGUCUCCCUGCUGCGCUCGGCCCAGGCGGUGCUGGGGGGCAUCCGCGCCCUGCACAGGGAGCUGUGCUACAACGUCAGCUGGACAGGCUGAACUUCUCCACGGCGUUCUCCACCAACGUGGUGUCCGUGUGCCGGGCUGCAGGGCUGGGCUGUGUUGACCGUGUCGAGUGCUCCCGCCGGUACCUGCUGCAGUGUGCCCGACACCCCACACCCCCUGAGGAGGCCGCCCUGGUGGCGGUGCUCAGUGACCGGAUGACGGAGCAGCGCUACGAGGAGCCAAUCCGCAGCUUCGCCGUGGCCACCCACCCUGCCCCCACCUGGCAUGUGGAUGUGCUGGGGGGGGGCCGCACCGAGCUGGAGCAAGCCAACCAGGAGCUGGGCCUGGCCUUCGACUCCUGGGACCUGGAUUUCUACACUGAGCUCUUCAAGAAAUUCGGGCGCAACCCGACCAGCGUGGAGUGCUUCGACCUGGCCCAGUCCAACAGCGAGCACAGCCGACACUGGUUCUUCAAAGGGCGCCUCCUGGUGGACGGGAAGGAGGUCUCGGAGUCGCUGUUCGAGUCCAUCAUGCGGACCCAGGAGAAGAGCAACCCCAACAACGUCAUCAAGUUCUCGGACAACAGCAGUGCCAUCCAGGGCAGGGCCGUGUGUUCCCUGUGGCCCCGCGACCCGUCCCGCCCCAGCCGCUUCGAAAAGAGAACGUCGACCCGGCAUGUCAUCUUCACUGCAGAGACCCACAACUUCCCCACGGGGGUGGCCCCAUACAGCGGCGCUGCAACGGGAACAGGUGGGCGGAUCCGGGACGUGCAGUGCACGGGGCGUGGGGCCUACGUCAUCGCCGGCACGGCGGGGUACAGCUUCGGAAACCUGCACAUCCCUGGCUACCCUCUGCCCUGGGAGGACCCGGCAUUGCCCUACCCCAGAAACUACGCCCAGCCCCUGCAGGUGGCCCUC